AUGGGCGAAGGAGACAAGGCGGCGCCGUCGCCAAAGAAAAAACAGUUGACGCGUCGCAAGGUCAACAUGGCCAUCAAACGCGAUAUCGGGCACCUGUGCCGCGACGAGGUGACGCCGCCAUCUGCCGCAGGGUCCGCACGCAACCGCCACACGCGCAAGGCGUCCGAGACGCCGUCGCUCUUGCAGCGCGCGCCGAUGAGCGCCUCGCAGGAGCUGCACCCCCACGAGCUGACCGCGCCGCAGGCGCAGGCGCCGAAUAUGAGCCUCGAGCACUCAGAGCUGAACGCCACGCCGGGUGCGUUUGCGCCGGACGCGCUCAGCGCGUCGCACCUCUCGGCGAGCGCCUAUGCGUCGAGCUCCCCCCAGUUUAGCAUUGCCUCGCAGCAGUUUGGCGCGCCGCAGGACAUGUCGCUCAUGUCCCCAGAAAAGCGCAGCAUGGACCCCUCGCUGUCCUUCUUCCGGCCGAUGCCGAUGCAGCCGACGACGAGCGCGCCGAGCGCCGUCGAGGCGAUGCCCGUGUCCCAGGCACAGCCCAUGUUUGGCGCGCCGCCGCUCGCGGUGCAGGCCGACAAGACGGCGCAGCUCCAAGGCUCGCAGCUCGGCGGCACCGCGUGGCUCGGCCUUGGCGGUGCAGGCCGCCCCAGCAUUGCCGGCGACUCGGGCGGCGGUGGCGAGCUAAACAUCCUGAGCGAGUUUCUCGAGUCCCUCGACGACAGCGCGCCAUGGCUCAAUGCGGAGAAGGCCGAGCCGCGCAUGACGCAGAGUGCCGACGCGGUCUUUGCGUACAAGCCCGAGACGCCGUCGGGCAUGCACCCUGGCCUGCAGCGUGCCUCGAGCUCGACGCUGCUGAAUACCCCCCCGUCGCUGGUCGACCAAGACGCGCUGCAUCUCGACACGGACGCGCCCGCGCUCGGCGAGACGAGCCAGGGCCUUGCGCUCCUCUCGCCGCAGCAGUCCAUGAGCCUGCGCAAUGCGCCCGCGUCGCCCUACCGCUACGGGCGCAAGCGCCCCGCGAGCGAGCCCGGCGAGCACGACGCGGAGAAUGGGCUCGUGUCGAUGGCGGCGGACACGUACCCCGCCUCGACGACGUCGCUGCUGGAGAGCGACGAGAAGAAGGAGAGCGCGCCCUAUCUGCCUGCGAUCGGCGGCGACGCGUCCAAGACGGAGCGUUUCCUGCUCACGGCCGCGGACCAGAGCGACGGGAGCCGCGACGAGCGCCUGCGCAAGGUCAUCCAGGCCAAGUGUGAGGCGGGCCUCCUCCGGCCAUACAACCACGUGAACGGCUAUGCGCGGCUGAACAAGUGGAUGGAGCACAACGUGUCCGCCUCGUCGCGGCGGCGCAUCCUCAAGCCCCUCUCUGUCUUCCGCCCGGUCUUUUACUCGAUCGCCAAGAAGCUCACCAACUACGACCUGAUUUACAUCGAAGAGGCGUUUGAGCGGCUGCUGCUCGACUACGACCGUGUCUUUUCGAUCCAGAGCGUGCCUGCGUGCCUCUGGCGCCGCACCGGCGAGAUCUACAAAGGGAACAAGGAGUUUGCCGAGCUCGUUGGCGUCUCGAUCGAGUCGCUGCGCGAAGGGCGCCUGUGUAUCUAUGAGCUGAUGGCCGAAGAGAGCGCCGUAAACUACUGGGAAAAGUACGGCUCGGUAUCGUUCGACCCCAGCCAAAAAGCGGUGCUGACCAUGUGCAAGCUGCGCACCAAGAACAAGGUCCUGGCGCAGGCCGACGUCGCCGCGCAAAACCCCGACCCGGACGCCGACGAAGAAAAGACGGACUCGAGCGCGAGCCCCGGCCACGCGCCGGAACCCCGGAAACCCGUACCCUAUAUCACAUGCUGCUUCUCGUUUACGAUCCGCCGGGACAAGUGGAAUAUCCCUACCAUGAUUGUUGGCAACUUUUUGCCCACGCACCCAGCCGCCGAGCCAGCCUUUGACUUCGUGACGAUGAUUGCGCCGCACUCGGGUGCCGCGCCGUCUUCGCACAAGGUGUCGCGGCCUGCGGCUGCCUUGCGUUCCGUCGCCUACCCGCUGCAGGCGGCGACGAACACGCUCGGCAACCGCAAACGCGGAAACGAUACCACUUCUCUCUUUGACAAGCGGCACCAGCCGAUGGCCAAGCCCGACACGGGCCGCUCGGUGGUUACCAACGUGCAGGGCGUCCAGGGCACGCGCUCGCAACGCUCGCGGCAGCCGGCGCGUCCGGCCCCGCCGCUCGCGAAUGCCACCGCCCAGCCGGCGCAGGCCCAGCGUGCGCCUACGCGCCUGGAGCGCGAAAAGAAGCGCCACUACAAUGACCCCGCCAACGUCGGGCCGUGGAAGCUCGGCAAGCUCAUCGGCCAGGGCGCCUCGGGCCGCGUGCGCCACGCGGUGCACGAGCGCACCGAGCAGCACGCCGCGGUCAAGAUCAUCCCGAAACAGAUGCUGAUCAACAGCCGCAUGAGCCUGCGCGACCUGAGCGCGAAGCAGGACAAGCUCACGCUGGGCAUCGAGCGCGAAAUCGUGAUUAUGAAGCUGAUCGAGCACCCCAACCUGCUCGGCUUGUGGGACGUGUACGAAACCAGCAAGGAGCUCUACCUGGUCAUGGAGUAUGUCGCGGGCGGCGAGCUCUUUGACUACCUGGUGGCGCGGGGCCGCCUGCGCCCGGACGAGGCCCGCUCGUACUUCCGCCAGAUGAUCUUUGGCAUCGAGUACUGCCACACGUUUAGCAUCUGCCACCGCGACCUGAAACCGGAAAAUCUCCUGCUGGACGGCUCGCGCAAGGUCGUCAAGGUCGCCGACUUUGGCAUGGCCGCGCUCCAGCCCACCGAAAAGAUGCUCGAGACCUCGUGCGGCUCGCCGCACUACGCCUCGCCGGAAAUCGUCAGCGGCAAGACGUACGACGGCACGACGAGCGAUAUUUGGAGCUGCGGCAUCAUUCUUUUUGCGCUGCUCUGCGGCCGCCUGCCGUUCGACGACCCUAAUAUCCAGACGCUCCUUAGCAAGGUGCGCUCGGGCAAGUUUGCCAUGCCCGAGUACCUCGAGCCGGGCGCCAAGGACCUCAUCUGGCGCAUGCUCGAGAUCGACCCAAAGAAGCGCGCGACGAUGCGCGAGAUCUGCGCGCACCCGUGGUUCACCGACAACGGCAAACUCUCGUCGCAGAACCCAAUCUCGACGCCGCUCGACGCGUUCUCGGGCGAGCCCGUAAACCUCGCCGAGAUUGACCCGGAUAUCCUGGGGAACCUGAGCACGCUCUGGCCGGAACUGUCGCACGAGCAAAUCAUCCGCCGCCUGCUCGAACCCAAGGGCAACUGGCAAAAGACGUUUUACUCGCUCCUUGUCGUGCACCGUGAGAACCACGGCGCGGACGAGGACGAGGACGAGGAGGAAGAGCUCGACGCAGACGACCAGCGCGCGCUCGACAAUGCGCGCGAGCAAAAGGAGGCCGCGCCGCCGCUGAACGACGCCUCGCGAGGAAGCGACGCUAUGCUCGCUCUUGGGCCGAUCGUCAGCGACAAGGAGGCACCGGCCACCGCUCCGGCCGCGAGCCCCGCUUCGGCCCCGGUCGCCGCCCCGGCUCCGGCCCCUGUCGCCGCCCCGGCUGCGCCUGCGCCUGCCGCCCCGGCCACCUCGGCGCCGAUUGCGCCGCCUACAAUGCCCAACAGCCUCGGCCUCGCGAUCCACACCGAGCCGCCCGAGACAACAGAGCAGACGCAGCACACGGCGCCUACGGCGUCGACUCCGCCGGCAUCCGAGACCUUCCAGCCGUCCAAGGCGCGCUCAAUUGCCGAGGCGAGUCAGGUGUCGAGCGUGCAGGAGAUCGACACGACGGGCGACCGCAUCCAGGAUGCGUCGGUCGAGGCCGUGUCGGACCAGCUUCCCGAGACGUCGCAGUCCUCGUCGCGCUCCGAUGCGCCGGCGCCUGCGCCUGCACCGGCGCCUGCACCGGCGCCUGCACCGGCCGUGGCCAACGAGCUCGCUCCUCCGACCACGUCGCUCGGUAUGGCAUCCAAGGGCGAGGCCGUGCAGCGCCUUGCGCAGACUGAUGCGUCGUCGCAGCGCCGUUCGUCGUCGACGUGGCGCUCGACCAGCUCUGAGCCGGAGAAGGAGAGCUCGGCACGCCGCCCGCCUCCGUCAUGGCUCAUGGACAAGCUGACGUCGCGCCAAGUGUCGUCGCCGGUCGACAUGGAGCGCCCCGCAUCGGAGACCAAGCGUCUGUCGUCGUUCAUGCAGGCAUUCUCGCGCCCGUCGCUGCCGUUCCGUUCGCGCAGCUCGUCGGGGCGUGUGAAGGAGACGGAGCCGAGCACCAGCUCGAUCCGUGCGAUUUCGGCUGUGCCGGAAGAGGCCGAGCCGGUUGCUCCAGCCAAGGUUGAGCCCGCCGUGGCCCCGGCCAAGGUCGAGCCUGUUGUUGCCCCGGCCAAGGUCGAGCCUGUUGUUGCCCCGGCCAAGGUCGAGCCUGUUGUUGCUCCGGCCAAGGUCGAGCCCGCCGUGGCCCCGGCCAAGGUUGAGCCCGCCGUGGCCCCAGCCAAGGUUGAGCCUGUUGUUGCCCCGGCCAAGGUCGAGCCUGUUGCCCAGCCUGUUGCCCAGCCUGUUGCCCAACCUGCUGCCCAGCCCGUGGCUCAGCCUGUCGCCGAGCCUAUUGUUGUUCAGCCUCCCAAGGCCGAGCCCACUGUUGCUCAGCCUACUGCUCAGCCCACUGUUGCUCAGCCUACUGCUCCCACCGUCACGCCUUUCACCAAGCCCACCGAGGCUCCUGCUCAGCCCGCCAAGGCGAUCGCCGACGCGCUACCGACCGCGGCCCCUGCCGAAGAGGCCGCGCCCGAGCCCGUCGCCGCCCCGAAGCGUCCGGUGACGCCCCCUGUCACUGCCGGCCAAUUCCACCUCGCGCGCAAGCCCACGCACGACGAAGCGGCACCGCCCACCCCUGCGAAAGACGUGCGUAUCCUCCCGACCCACACCUCGCCGCUCAAGUUCUCGGCGCCCGCUCCCAAACCCGUCGCUGCGCCCGCGCUGCCCCAGGCCAUUGUCACUCCCUCGAAGCAGAUGGCUUCUGACGCUCUUUCCGACAAGCCUGCUGCGGCGCCGUCGCCGGCCCCUGCCCUGUCCAUCUCGCCGGCCCCUGCGGCGCCCCUCUCCUGGACGCAGCGCCUGCCGAGCGUUGCGCCGCGCACGCCGAGCGCCGCACGCAAUGCCUCGCAGUCGACCGCGGAGGACUCGCUCAUGGACAAGUUCAUGCACGAGAUCGCCGACGAGCUCGACUCGCUCGACGCGAUCGGCGGCUCGUUUGCCGUCGCCAACUGGCCCACAACCGGCCAGAAGGCGCAGGCGUCGCCCGCGCAGCUCGAGACGCCGAGCGUCCGUGUGGACAGCGGCGUGUGGGCUGACCCUCGUGCGGACGAGCCAGAGACGCGCCGCCCGCUCGCCGUCGAGCCGACGCCGGAGAGCGACGACCAGUUCGACGAUGCCGACGAGGACUCACUCCUGGUCUCGGCGCCGGAACCCAAGGAGGCGCAGGCCGUUACGCCGGUUUACGCCGCAUUUGCGCGGUGCCCCAUGCCAGAGCUCCGCCCGCGUACGUCGUUCAGCGGCACCGCGCCGCCGAAGCCGGCGGGCGGGCGCGAGAUGCCCAAGGCCGAGACGCACGUCCGGCAGCGCAUGAGCGUGCCUGUGAUGCGCGACGCGCAGCAGGUCGCCUCGCGCCCAGUGUCGGUGCUCGGCACGGGCCCGGUGUGGAUGAACAAGGGGGACGAUGCGCCCGUCGCACCCGUCGCGCCGACCACCGCGCCGGCCACGGCCAAGGCCCCGACGAUGACGCCUGUCGCGCCCGUCGCGCCUGUCGCGCCUACGGUGGCCCCCAUGGCUCCCAUGGCUCCUAUGGCUCCUAUGGCAGCUCCCAUGGCACCCAAGACCCCCACGGUGGCCCCGGCGGCCCCGGUGGCCCCGGCGCAGACCCCGGCGCAGACUCCGGUCUCUGCCACGUCGCCGACGCCUUCUUCGGCGCCCUUCUCGACGGUGCCGUCGUCGGCCGCGCCCUCGGUGGCGUCCCCCAAGCUUGUGCCCGGCUCGCCGGCCACGCGCCCGCUGUCGCCCGCCCAGGCGUCACCUGCCGCCCGCCCUGCUUCGUCGCUCGGCACCGGCCGUGCGGCGCCGCUGUCGGUCGGCACGACCAUUAUCCCGGUCGAGCGGUCUGCGCUGCAGCGCCCCGUGUCGGCGACGCAGCCUGCCGCCGCCCCCAGCGGCGCGUCUGCGCAGCAGCGUCCCCGCCCCGCGUCGGUGGCCGCGACGCGCCCACGCAUGCCUGCGCCGGCGCAGCGUCCCACCGCGCCGCUUGCGGAUGCGACGAACCGCGAAAAGCCGACUGGUCUUGGCGCUGCUGCUGCUGCCGCGCAGCUCAAGCACCGCCGCAGCAUCCUGCACGCGUUCAAGCGUGAGGAGCCUACCGCCGGUCUUGGCCUUGCCGUGCCUGGUGCGGACAAGGAGAACGCGCUGGUGCGCCCCGUGUCGCCUGCCGGUGAUGCCAUCGGCGCCCGCCACUCGUGGUUCAACGGUCUGCUGCACCGCAAGCAGACGCAGCUGCUGAUGAGUGUCGAAAACCUCACGACGACGGUCGAGACGUGCCAGCUGCUGCUGCGCCGCCUGGGCACGACGUUGACGCCCAUGUCGCGUUCGCAGGCGACGCUGCCUCUGACGCAGCAGGGCCCCCUCCAGUAUCUUUUGGAGCAGCUCUUUGACCACGCCGAAGGCACCGUUACGCCCUGCAAGCCGAUGCGCUUCCGGGUAGAGUAUACGAUCCUUCCCGUCAGCUCGCAGACGCGCCGCGUGUCGAGUGGCAAAGUCGAUGGCGCGGCGUCGCCCGGCAUGCCUGGCUUUGACCCCCGCGCUGCGUCGCGCCCCAUGUCGCCCGUGUUCCGUGCGCCGGCGGCAGCCUCGCCCUCGUUUGCGACGAGUGUCACCUUUACGCACGAAAAGGGCUCGCUCACCACCUUUAGGAUGUUUAUGGCCAAGCUGCGCCGCGACUGGCAGCUGGAUGCGCGUGAUGCGUAG